AUGAAAAAUCAAAACAGCGAUAAGUUAACUAAUCUAAAGGAUUUAGUUCCCUUUUAUAAAGUACAAUAUAUAAAACAACAGAAGAAUACGUUAAAAGACAAUGAAAAGCUUAAUGAAAAUACCGAGGAUAUUGUUUAUUCUGUAAAGAAGAAAUUUAACUUCAUAAAAGAAAAGGGGGAAUCAACAUUUAGUAAAUAUGAGAAUACCAAGAAAAAUUUGGAAUUAUUAAAUAGAGAAUUAAAACUAAACAAAAUUUCCCUCGGACAACAAAAAAUUGAAUAUGAUGAACUGAAAGCGAAAAAUGAGGAGAUAUUAAACAAAUUUGAAAAUCUAAAGCAUUCUAAAUAUACGUACCAAAUAAUGCUACAAAGGGUGAAGAAAGAAAAGAAGUUAUUAUACUUCUAUUUAAAUUCCUUAGAAAGAACUGUAAAUAGUUUAAAAAAUAGUGAAAGACAGCUUCAUAAUAACAUACAGAAAAUCACGUCAGAAAAUAAAAAUUUGAGGAAAUCCAUUGAUGAGAAAAAAACGGAAAUUGUAAAAGCCAAAAACAAGAAUGAAGAAAUACUUAAAUACAUGAAUGUUAAUAAGGAACACAGCAAUAUAUUAAGGAUAAGAAGGGAGAUGAUCAAUGAAUACAAAAAUAAUAAGUUAAACAACGCAGAUAUAGCAUUAAUGAUGCAAGAAAAAAGAAAAUUCAAGAAACUUCUUAUUUACUAUCUACUGUAUAAUAAUUAUCUAAAAUUAAAUGCCUCCAACAUUUUUGAAAAUGCGAGCAAUAUAUAUGCUACCAUAUCAAAGUUGAGGGAAGCAACAGGAGUUACGGACAUUUACGACAUAAAUCAAAAGUUCCUAGACAUUGAAAAUAAAAAAAAUUUAUUACAAAAAGAGGAAGAGUUAUCGCAGAAGAGACUUGAAGAUACCAUUAAGGAAUACAUAAGCUUAAACAAUGAAAUCAUAAACACUUUUUCAGAAGAUAAAAACAUAUUGAGGAAAAAAAUCCUAAAUGAAAAGGAAAAAAUAUCAGAGGAUAUAUACGACCUCUACAAGCUCGUAUUUGCAAGCGAAAAAGAAUUAGAAGACAUUAAUAUAAAAUUGGACAAAAUAAAAAAAUUUUUGGAAAAACAAAAUAAUUAUUUCCACUCUAUAAAUAUGGAGGAUAUGAUGGAGUUUCACUCAAACGAAGACAUGUUGCAGUAUAUAAAAAAUUUAAAAGUAACAAUUGAGAUCCUCAUGAAAAUUACUCAGAAAAACAGGGAAAAUGGACAUAUUAGCAGGUCCUAUAAGUCUUUAGAAUUUUUGGAAAUUAUAAACUUGUAUAAAAACGUUGACUUUCACAAGAACAUGUGCAGGGUUGACGACACUCAAGAUCUUGAAAAUACAAUAAAAUUAGAAUCCAAAAUAUUAGCCAAAGGAAAGCAUCUGUGA